ACUGCUUCCUCGAAGAAGUCUUUCUCUCUCCCUCAGCUUGAAAGAUCAAAGGUUGAGUCUUUCCUUUCCGUCUUGUGAGUCUCUCUGUAUGUGUGUUGAGCUCGUGAAUCAAUCUCAACCAACCAAUCCAUCGUCUGCUUUAGUGGAGUAGCUCUUGCUUUUUUUCCUUUAUGGAACCGGUUCAAUCCGUACCGUCUGAGAACUCAAACCCGCCGUCUAUCCCUCCGCCGGUGAGCUCAGUGCCGCCCUUUUUGAGCAAAACCUACGACAUGGUUGAUGACCCUUCGACCAAUGAGGUCGUGUCCUGGAGCAGCGGGAACAACAGCUUCGUCGUCUGGAACGUGCCUGAGUUCUCCAAAGUGCUAUUGCCUAAGCAUUUCAAGCACAAUAAUUUCUCCAGCUUCGUUAGGCAGUUAAAUACAUACGGAUUCAGAAAAGUUGAUCCAGAUCAAUGGGAAUUUGCAAAUGAAGGAUUUUUAAGAGGCCAAAAACAACUACUGAAGGGUAUUGUAAGGAGAAAGCCUCAGAAUCAGCAACAAACUCAAGUUAAGAACUCAUCUGCUGGCGCUUGUGUGGAGGUGGGGAAGUUUGGAAUAGAAGAAGAAGUGGAAAGACUCAAGCAUGACAAGAACGUGCUUAUGCAAGAGCUUGUGAGGCUGAGUCAGCAGCAACAAGCAACCGAGCACCAGCUGCAGAACGUGGGACAGAAAGUUCAGGUGAUGGAGCAGAGGCAACAACAAACGAUGUCGUUUCUGGCAAAGGCGGUUCAGAGUCCAGGUUUCUUAAACCAGUUGGUGCAGCAGAAUAGUGAUUGUAACAAACAUAUUCAGGGAAGCAACAAAAAGAGGAGACUUCCGGGAGAUGAAGAGGAGAGUUGUGGAGAGCUUAACCGUCAAAUUGUUAAGUAUCAGCCGUCCUUAAACGAAGCAGCACAAACUAUGCUUGGACAGAUCUUGAACAGGAGUAGCUCAACUCGGUGUGAAUCGGUUUCAAACAAUCCUGACAGUUUCCUGUUGGAUGAUGCUCACAGUACUAACUCAGCUCACUCAACAAUGAAUCAAGUACAUGAGGCAGGUUUGGUGGAUCAUCCUCAAGCUGUUCCAAGUCCAAGCCAAGGAGUAGCAGCAGCUGCAUCUUCUUGGAGCCCUGAAUCUGAAUUAGUUGGGUUCGAGACAGGUGAUGGAGUGUGUUUCGAUCCAAUAAUGGCUGCUUUAGGUGGCUCGCUGGAAAUAGAAAGCGAUGAAGUUUCUCGUGUAGGUGAGGGAGAGAUGACUGAGUUACAGAACGAGGUCCCGAAGCUGCCAGGAGUCCAAGAUUCAUUAUGGGAACAGUUCUUUGCUGAUGAGAUCGGUGAGGGAGACGACAUUCUUUCUGGAGCAGUGGAGAAUGGUGACAUGGUAAUGGAGCAAGAACCGAACGAGUGGAAGCAACAAGAAAUGAACCAUCUUAGUGAACAAAUGGAACUUCUUUCUUCAGAAACAAGGAACUGAAGGUAAGAACAUGGGGAAAAGUAUCUGCAUUGUUGUUCUGUCAUCAGUUGUUUCUCACAGAUGUAGAUCUUCAGGGGAGACUGUGAAGUGGAUAUGAACGAAGGAGGAGAUAUAUAUAUUUAAAAAAAAAACAUCUACCACUGCUUGUGAAUAAUCAAAUCUUUGAGUAGAGAUCUUGCUCUUGUCUUGUUUCUAAUACAUGUUACUUUUGUGUGAAAACA